AUGACAGCAGACACGUUUGAACUGGCCAAGGGCUACACGGUCAACAAUGCCACCCAACACAGCACAGGCUUGUUCCUCCUCGACCGCCUCAACGUCAAACCUGGCAUGCACGUCCUGGACAUCGGCUGCGGGCCAGGGAACCUGACGGCACACAUCGCCGAGCUGGUUGGGCCAACUGGAAAAGUAGUCGGCAUUGACCCUAGCAAGGAGCGCCUCGCCUUGGCUCAGGACCUGGCCACCAACAGAUCCAACCUGACAUUCGAAGUCGGCCAAGCCGAGGACCUGUCACGGUUUGCCGACGGCAGCUUCGAUGUAGUCUACGUCAACGCCACCUUCCAUUGGAUCGGGGACCAGGCUCGGGCGGUGCGCGAGUUCCACCGAGUCUUGAAGCCGGGCGGCGGCCAGCUGGGCAUCUCGGGCGGGUGUGGGGACUUUGUGGCGGAUCAUGAGAAAGUGAAGGCCACAGUCAUGGCACAGGAACCGUUUUGUCAAUAUCCCGACAAGGAUGGGAUCUGGCCGAAGUUUGUAAAACGGGCAGAGAUGCAGCAACUUCUUGAUCUUGCUGGGUUUGUCGACUACAGCAUGGUCAUCAACAAAUUAGUGAAGCAAGUCAAGGACGGAUAUGCCAUGCUAGAGUGGCUGGACACGAGCUCGUCGGGCAAGACGUACGGCGCGGUCCCGCCCGAGUUGAAGCCUCAGGCAAGGGAGGCAAUGAAGCGAGAAUGGGAUAAGCUUACCACGGAGGAUGGUAUUAAGAUGGACAUGGAGUUGCUUGUUACGGUGGCAACCAAAAGCUAA